GUCUCCCUGCCUCUGCAUACAUGGUAGGGGUACCUUACCUACCUCCUAUAUGAUGUAGGCAUGCAUGUACAUGUACAUGUAUUAAGUACGGAGGUACCUGUCUUUAUAUCCAAACCUCUUAAUGCCCUUUUUGUUUUUAGUCCUACCGUCUUACCUAUCUCUAGGUAUAUUUUCAGUCCACUUGACCGCCCCUUUGAUUCCCCUCGUCCUCCUUCGUAUCCCGUCCCUCCUCAUAUGUUAUAACGGUUUCCAUCCCAUCUCUCUCCCUAACCAUGGCCCACUUGGCUGCAGAUUACAUCGUUGUUGGUGGUGGCCUGACUGGAUGCCUUAUAGCUUCACGUCUUAGCCAAAGCGACAGGAAGCCCGAGGUUAUUCUACUGGAAGCAGGCCCAGAUCCAUAUGGUAAUGCUGCCGCCGCCGGCUUUUUGAGCGGCUUGUCGCUCCUUGGCGGCGAGUUGGAUUACGCUUAUCAAAGUGAACCCGUCGCCAACACAGCCCACCGUAUACACAGUCUCAACUCUGGCAAGGCCCUGGGUGGGGGCAGCAUUCUCAACUUUGGCGGCUGGUUGCGUGCCGAUGCACUGGAUUACGACGAAUGGGCUGAUGUCGUUGGGGACAAACGCUGGAGCUACGAAGGCUUCAAGCCUUGGUUCCGCAAAUCGGAGCAUUUUUACGACGCCAGCGCGGAUGCCGACCAGCAUGGUUUCGAUGGCCCCAUGGACGUCAUUUCCGUCUCUGCUUCAUUAUCCGGAGCACGCAAGUACUUACUUCGCGAGCCUGUAAAGACAGCAUGGUCUGAACUUGGAGUAUCGCUAAAUCUACAAAAGGACAAUGGCACAAUCACGGGCUUGGCGGAGAUGUACGAGAACUCGCGAAAUGGCAUGCGACAACCAUCAUAUACAGCGUACCCCCUCAACGACGUGAAAGUUUUCACCGAAACUAUCGUACACCGAAUCACCUUUUCCGGGUCCACAGCUACUGGCGUAGAGCUGGCCGAUGGUCGCAAAGCUACGGCGCGGAAAGAGGUCAUUAUCUGCGCCGGCGCUUACCGUACUCCGCAGAUCCUCAUGCUUUCAGGAAUUGGCCCAUCUACUACUCUUAGUGAACAAGGUAUCCCCGUAGUAUACAACUCCCCUCAUGUUGGCCAGAAUCUUCACGACCACUUUGCCAUAUACCUCGCAUUCCGUCUGCGUGACCCUUCUGCCGGGUACGCACUGGGAAGCGCUGCCUGGCAGGAUCCAGCUCUAUUCAAAAGUCUUCCGUGGGAUUGGGUUGUCAGCCAACCACUGCCAGCGGAAAUCAUCACGAAGCAUGAAUCGAAAGCCGAAAAGCAAAAGCGAAACCUUUACGAAGUGAUCACUCUCUACGUGCCACCCGGCAUACCGGGAAUCCCGAUUGAUGGCACCCACAUCGCUACCUCGACGAUGCUGCUUCUUCCCACCUCCCGUGGUACCGUAUCGAUCCAGUCCAGCGAUCCAAAGGAUCCCCCACGCAUACAACCCAACUAUUUCUCUACGCCACUAGACCGAGACGCCCUCAUCCAUGGAACCCGCCAGACAUUGAAGGCCAUACUCACAGCCGGUCCCAUGAAGUCCAUCGUCGAGAGCGAGACUCCACCUUCCGGGGAGGGUCUAGACGGCUUGACACCCCUUACUGCCGAUGCUAGUGACGAAGCGAUAGAAGACAGAAUUCGGCGCACCGGAAUGCAGCAUCACCACUCCGGGGGAACAGCCGCUAUGGGAAAGGUGGUCGAUGUGGAGGGCAAGGUGUUCGGUAUCAAUAGAUUACGGGUUGCGGACGCCAGCGUCAUUCCGAUACCCUUGGGCGGUCACCCACAGGCUACGCUCUACGCUAUGGCUGAACAGCUGGUCAGUAUGAUCAUUGAUGAUGCUUGAGGAUGAAUUUCGGCUGGUGUUGCAACCUGGAGCUCACUAGUUAGCCUAGGGGCAAGGAGCAUAGGAGCAUAGUGGCAUGCUCGGAUUCAGGUAUAGAAGCUUGGCCGCCCUACUCCUAGCUGUAGGAUAGGUUUACUGCAUAACAAGUAUCAUUAAGCUUUAGGUAGUAACUUACCUCAGACCCUUAGCUUUCGUGGCUCUGCCUUAACCCUUCCGAAGCUGGCCUGGGGCAAUGUUUUCUGAGUCCGUCUGCGAGCAUGUUUCCCGUAGGCUUGUAAUCCACCUUAAUCUGUUCU